UGAAAGGGAGAGAUGCCUGCGAUACUUUAUUGUAUAUCUUUUGGUACCUAGCAAUCGCGUUGAUGUUUACAACAGAAUCAGCCUUGCGCCUGGUCAAUGUGGCGCGAGGUCAUCGUCAUGGACGUGAAGGCGCGGGAACUUCCACCACGGUUCUGGGCUGGCAGUGGCAAGUUUGCUUAUAAUGGCUGUGAACGUGUAUUCGACCUCAGCGACCGGUGACAACCUUAGUCGCCAUGACAUCCUUAUUUGGGUAAACGAAACUUCGAAAAUAGCCCUUGCAAAGAUUGAGUUGCUGUGCUCAGGGGCUGCCUAUUGCCAGCUCAUGCACAUGUUGUUUGGGGACUGUGUGUCUCUGAAGAAGGUCAAAUUCCAGGCCAGACUGGAACAUGAAUUCAUCCACAACUUCAAGAUACUGCAAGCCAGCUUUAGGAAAAUGCAGGUUGACAAAGUCAUCCCUGUGGAGAAACUGAUCCGAGGGAAGUUCCAGGACAACUUUGAGUUUGUGCAGUGGUUCAAGAAAUUCUUUGAUGCCAACUACUGUAAGCCACUGGAAGCCAGAGUAGACCAGGAGACUGUUUCUAUUGCCAGUACAGUCGAAGUUCCCAACUCUGAAUGUCAUCACUGUUUUGCUUGCUUUUCCUCAGACCCUCAGCCGGCGGUAAUGGGAGGUGAGCCGAGCGUUCCGCCCAACACAGCAGCCAAUCGGGGGCAGGGGCCAUCGUCAGGCAGCGUCGCCAUGACGACUGCUGAUCUGCUCCAGGAGGUGGUCGUGCUGCAGUCCGCCCUGCAGGACCUGGAAAAGGAGCGGGACUUCUACUUCAGUAAGCUGCGGAGCAUCGAGCUCAUCUGCCAGGAGAGGGAGGGAGUGGGAGACUCCGCGCUGAAGACCAUCCUGGAGAUCCUUUACGCGAUAGAGGAGGGGUUUGUCAUUCCCAAUCCAUCCCUGGAGACCCAGGGAAACCGUUGA